AUGGCUGCCUCUUCACCUUCUUACAACUUCUCUUCUUCACCAGCAACACCCAUACUCCUCCUAAAAACCAAAUCCAGCCCACACGAUGGAUACGAAGAGUUCUUCUCCGCCCGCGGUUACAACCCCACCUUCAUCCCAGUCCUCGAACACCAUUUCAACGAGGCGAACCUGCAAACCGUAAAACAGCUCUUUCAAUCGGGCGAUUUAAACGAAGGCCCGGGCCGGAAAUAUGGUGGAUUGAUAUUUACCAGCCAGAGGGCUGUAGAGGGGUUUGCAAACUUGCUUAACUCGGAGAUUGGCGUCCCAAUCGCCUCGGAAGCAUCAAAAUCCCUAAUCCUCUACACCGUCGGUCCCGCAACUUCUCGCUCCCUAACAACCCUCCAACAAACGCACCUCCCCCAUGCAACCAUCCACGGCUCUGACACCGGCAACGGCGAGAACCUCGCCCGCUUCAUCCUCUCCCAUUACAACGGCAUACACAACAGCAGCAGCCCACAAACAGCGAAACCGCCCCUCCUCUUCCUCGUCGGCGAACAACGGCGCGAUAUCAUCCCCAAAAUGCUUACGGCGGAGACACUCCCGCCCGCUGAGCGGAUAGGCGUCGACGAGCGGAUUGUGUAUGAGACGGGUGUGAUGGGGUCGUUUGAGGGGGAUUUUGAGGCUGCUGUGGCUGCUGGAGGGGAUUAUUUGGGCGUUGACGAGGGGAGGGUGAUGUGGGUUGUUGUGUUUUCGCCGACGGGGUGUGAUGCUAUGCUUAGGGUGCUUGGGUUGCUUGGUGGUGGGAAGGUGUUGGGAGGGGAGGGGAGGAGGGUGUUUGUUGCUACUAUUGGGCCAACGACGAGGGAUCAUCUUCGCGGGAAGUAUGGGUUUGAGCCUGAUGUUUGUGCGGAGAAGCCUAGUCAGGAAGGUGUGGGGAGGGGCAUUGAGGAGUUUAUGGAGACGUGGAGGAAAGGGAAGGGUGGGCAGUAA